AUUGGUUGGCCGGGAGAAGGGAGUCCGGCGCCGAUUCGCCGGUGCGGCGCACGUGACGCUGGUGGGGCCGUGACGCCCGCCGUGGCGGAGGGGCUCGGCUUGUCAGGACCAGAAAUAAGCAGUAUCUCCCAAAUACUUGACAUACCUUUUCUCCACUUGGUAGCAAACCUGCACGAAGUGACUUGGAUAUUCUGACGUAUAUCUUUAUGCAGCUUCUUUUGAUAACUAGUAAUAAACUGGAAGACGUACAGUUAUGGCAAUGGAUGCGAUGAGUUCUGAAGAUGAGCCCCUCUGACAGAGUGCUGAAUCAUCCCAGGGCACUCCAUCCUCUAAUAAGAAGACUGCACUUACACAACUAGAGGAGUCAACAUCUAUCUGAAUGAAAGAAAUAAGCAAAGGAAUAUGUUAACUACGCAUGGGCGAAAUCAUCAGUGGACAAGGAGUUCCUAGAAAACAGAGGUAUAUUUUGGAAAGUGAAAGUCAGAAGAAGCAGCUGCUGGCAUAAAGAAAAGUAUACUAAGGAUCAUUUUUCAGAGAAAAAUUUUAAAGAUGUGGUAAAGAGGCUAUCUUGUCACCUCUACGGUAUAUAGUGCCUUAAAAAAUGGGGUUUGGAAGUGACCUGAAGUAUUCUCAUGAUGCUUUAUUAAAACUGCAAGAUUGGGAACUACGACUGCUUGAAACAGUGAAGAAAUUUAUGGUCAUGCGAGUAAAAAGUGAUAAAGAGUACGCCUCCACUUUACAGAAUCUUUGUAAUCAAGUAGAUAAAGAGAGCACUUCUCAACUGGAUUAUAUCAGCAAUGUGUCCAAGUCUUGGUUGCUCAUGGUGCAGCAAACAGAACAGUUGAGCAAAAUAAUGAAGACACAUGCAGAGGAUCUUAAUUCUGGUCCUUUGCAUAGGCUUACAAUGAUGAUCAAAGAUAAGCAGCAAGUGAAGAAGAGUUAUGUAGGUGUUCAUCAACAAAUUGAAGCAGAGAUGUACAAGGUCACAAAGACAGAACUGGAGAAACUAAAAUCUAGCUAUAGACAACUAAUAAAAGAAGUAAAUUCUGCCAAAGAAAAGUAUAAAGAAGCUGUGGCUAAAGGAAAGGAGACUGAAAAAGCCAAAGACCGGUGUGAUAAAGCCACUAUGAAGCUUCACAUGUUGCAUAAUCAAUAUGUGUUGGCACUGAAAGGAGCACAGUUGCAUCAGCACCAAUAUUAUGAUACUACACUUCCUCUGUUACUUGAUUCCCUACAGAAGAUGCAAGAAGAAAUGAUCAAAGCACUAAAAGGGAUCUUGGAUGAAUAUAGCCAGAUCACUAGUCUUGUAACAGAAGAGAUUGUGAAUGUCCAUAAAGAGAUCCAGACCUCUGUUGAACAGAUAGACCCUAACUCUGAAUAUAAUGACUUCAUAGAAACUCACAGGUCAUCAGAAGUUGUUGAACAAGAAAUAGAGUUUGAUACGUCUUUACUAGAAGAAAAUGAAAACCUUCAAGCUAAUGAGAUCAUGUGGAAUAAUCUAACAGCAGAAAGUUUACAAGUCACGUUAAAAACGGUAAUAGAAGAGCUGGUGCAGACGCAGCAGACACUUUUGAGCAAAGAGGAACUUGUGCUGGAACUAGAGAAGAAAAUAGAAGAAUCUUCUAAAACUUGUGAAAAGAAGUCAGAUAUUGUACUUUUGCUGAGCCAAAAGCAAGCACUGGAAGAACUCAAGCAAACAGUUCAGCAAUUAAGAUGCUCUGAGGCAAAAUUUGCAGCACAGAAAGAACUACUGGAACAAAAGGUUCAAGAGAAUGAUGGGAAAGAGCCACCACCUGUAGUGAAUUAUGAAGAAGAUGCCAGAUCAGUCACUUCUAUGGAUAAGAAGGACAAAGUCUCAAGGUUUGACACUAUUCGUCACUCUAUAGCUGGAAUUAUAAGAUCUCCAAAAUCCAUGCUGGGCUCGUCAUCGUUCUUUGAUGUAAUAUCAACCACUGAGAAACCAUUGGCAGAGCAAGACUGGUAUCAUGGUGCAAUUCCAAGAAUAGAAGCCCAGGAGCUGUUAAAACAGCAAGGAGACUUCUUGGUGCGAGAGAGCCACGGGAAACCUGGUGAAUAUGUCCUUUCUGUGUUUUCAGAUGGACAACGGAGGCACUUUAUCAUACAAUAUGCUGAUAGUCAGUAUCGUUUUGAAGGAACUGGAUUUCCAACUAUUCCUCAGCUCAUAGACCAUCAUUACACGACAAAGCAAGUCAUUACAAAGAAAUCUGGUGUUGUUCUGCUGAAUCCUGUUGUUAAGGAUAAGAAAUGGGUUCUCAAUCAUGAAGAUGUCACACUGGGGGAAUUACUUGGCAAAGGUAAUUUUGGUGAGGUAUAUAAAGGAACAUUAAAGGAUAAGACUCCUGUUGCUGUAAAAACUUGUAAAGAAGAUCUUCCUCAGGAACUGAAAAUAAAAUUUCUGUCAGAAGCCAGAAUACUCAAACAAUAUGAUCAUCCUAAUAUUGUAAAACUUAUAGGAGUUUGCACACAACGGCAACCUAUUUAUAUUGUUAUGGAACUUGUUCCAGGAGGUGAUUUCCUGUCCUUUUUAAGAAAGAAGAAGGAUGAGCUAAAAACUAAACAGUUAGUGAAAUUUUCAUUAGAUGCUGCUUCUGGUAUGGCAUAUCUCGAAUCUAAAAACUGUAUACACAGAGACCUGGCUGCAAGGAACUGCUUGGUAGGUGAAAGCAACAUCUUGAAAAUAAGCGAUUUUGGAAUGUCUCGUCAAGAAGAUGAUGGAGUGUAUUCAUCUUCAGGCUUAAAGCAGAUUCCUAUCAAGUGGACUGCUCCAGAAGCUCUCAACUACGGGAGAUACACAUCUGAGAGUGAUGUAUGGAGCUUUGGAAUCCUUUUGUGGGAGACGUUCAGUUUAGGAGUGUGCCCAUACCCUGGAAUGACCAACCAACAAGCACGAGAACAAGUGGAGAAAGGAUACAGAAUGUCAGCUCCACAAAAGUGUCCAGAAGAAAUAUAUAAAAUAAUGCAGAGGUGCUGGGACUACAAACCUGAAAACCGGCCAAAAUUCAGUGAGAUUCAGAAAGAGUUGUCUUCCAUCAAAAAGAAAGUGACAUAGUGAUAAACUAGUGCCAAAUUCAAUCUGCGGGACUUUAUUUUCCAGUGAAGUAAUAUUUUCCCCUCAAACACUACGCGUUUAUACAACAUUAUUUGCAAUAUUCUUCUAGGAUUACUUUAAAAUUAACUAACUUUUUUUUAUAUGCAAGUGUACCACCUUGAAUGAUGCCUACACCUGCAUUAAAGACAUAUUCUGCCAAAUGCUAUAUAUCCAGUCACAGUAAUAUUGUCAUUUAGGAUACAUGUAAAUAGAAAAGCACAUACUAUAGAAUUAAGGGACUGUGGCUUCUAUCUAUUUUACAGCAAGUAAAUGCUAGUGACAUUUUUCAGAGGUUUUCUACUUUAUACUGUGUUCUCAUUCUGUUAUCCCUGUCCCAGCUAUCAACAUCAGUGGCACUCUGAUGUGGUGACUGUGUCAUACAUGAUGGCCUUAUAACUGAAAACAGGUUUUGACAAGUAUUUCAAUUAGAAACUUUUGUAUUUUUAAAAUUCUUUCUGCAACUGAGCAAUAUUUUCAAAUGAUACUUUGCUUUAAGGAUGAAGGUCAAUUAAGAUUCUGGAUACAAAUAUAUUUACUAAACAGUGAAAUAUAGAAUUUUCUUUUGUAGAAAAUAGUUACAUCUACAUUUCUUACCGCAUUACAGUGAAUACUUCUGACUUUGGAUAUGAUUUACUUAAACUACUGUUUUUUUCCUAUGAAGCCACCAGAACUCAGUAAUAUGUCUCCUUUGCAAUGACCUAAGUUUAUUUAAGAAACAAAAAGGCCAAUAUCAAGUCUCGACUAUACAUACAUCGUUAGGAAAUGCUGCAAAUCGUCUGCCCUCCAAAGAAUAAGUAAAAGCAGUUGAUGUGCACAUGCAGAAAAGGCCAACAAGAAGGAGAUUUGCAGCAUGUAGUAGAUAACCAAUUAUAUUGAUUUUAGAGAAGUAAAGAAUGUGAAUUGCUAGAUUUGCUUCAGAUCCUGAAUUUUUCCCUUAAAUUUGUAAUGAUUUUCAGUAUGCAGCUGGAGUCUGCAAAAGCAUAUGCAAACUGAAAUACAUUCCAUGCAUAGUGUCCAAAGAAAAAGGCUACUUCUCUAUGGCAUAUGGAAAUUGUUCACAACACCAAAAUAAGGAAAUAUGUUUUAAGCAUCUGGCAGGCUGAACAAGGCAGAAUAGAAACAUUAACCUUUUAACGUUCUUAAAUAAUUACAAUCAGAUUUCAGAACACUGGGGAGAAGGGAGCUGUAAAUGCCAACAGGAAGGAAAAAGCUUGUAUAAAAUUAACAUUCAGAAUAAAGACUCAGCAGUCAGGGGAGAAAAGGCACAGUUUGUUAGUAUGGCUCUUGGUCUUGUUUGCAAAUGGGAUUAUUUUCUAGGGCCCUGCACGGAUAUAGGAACAAGUUACAGCAUCCUGGUCUGAGUUCCAGAAUUAAGGUGCUUAAACUUUCUCUAGGAGUUAGCUAAAAAUUAACAGAUCAAGGGAUGUCAGUUGCUGCUAAUGCGAGUAAGAAACGGGGGACUGAAAGUAAAGCAGCAUCUGGAAUGUUUAUUAGCCCUAUUUCACUGGGACAGGAGAACUGAGAUGUAGCAAAGUCUGUGGCUACAUUGCAUUUUUCUUUCUGUUAAGGUGACUUUUCUAUUGUCCACAGCAUUUUUUUUGCUCUUUAAAGUGUAUUUGUGGUAGUAGUGAGUGGUAAUGUUUAAGGGCUAUGUGUGACCAAAAUAUGCGUAGUCUAGAAGAGUUUGUCUGUUAUAUUGAAGUUAGCGUCCAAAUAAAACAGUGAAUAAGCAUGCUGGAGCACAUCACCUUCAUUUGAGGUGGAACUGUUAGCAGCCAAGUAUAGGGAAUGGCGAAUGCUUCUUGACUUUUGGAAUGGAUUUUUUCUUGGAGCUAGGGGAGCAAAUACAUAGACAUGAAGGUCUAGCACUUGAAAAUUUUAGUGGCAUAAAUUUAGAUUUCCCGGUAAGCAUAUUCGACAUAUUUACUUUCUACUGUACUUACAAGUAGCCCAAAGAUAUGUUUCAGAGAGCAAUGGGAAACUUUUUUUUUGUCAGUUUGCAUGCUUUUAAAUAUUACACAAAGCUUGUGCCUUAAUUUGCUAGUAUGCUAACACGAAUACAAGCAUACUAAGAUUCAAGGAAUGUGCAACAACAUUUGGAAAAAUCCAAGUUCCAAAUCCAAGAAUCAUCCAACUGCAGGUCCUCAUCUAUGCACCACUAAAGUCUGCAAGUAAGGACAACAGUGUCUGCUCUUGUCAACAUUCAUAGCUUCUUUGGAGAGUUAAUAUUCUUUCUCUAUGAUAGAGAUUACUUACGUCUUUGAUACAUACCCUCCUGACAGCAAAAAAAAUACUGUUUAUUUGUCUUAAAUUAACCGGACACCAUCCUGACUUUCACAUACAGAUAAAAAUUGUAUUCGUAUUUUACUCUGAAAUAGUUAAUGUUUAUCAUUCAUAUCAUACAUCUGUUGAAAAUGAAAGGCUUUUUAAAACAUGGGAUAUGUACAGCAACAAGAAAAUAUUAUUAUUAUUAUUCCUGAAGCAGGCAUCAGUUCAGUUCAAAAAUAGCAACUCCCUGGGAGAUGACCGGAAUGAGUUUAUAGGCAUAGAGUAAAUUUAAACACAGGACAUGUGUCUCAGAUUAUUUAGUGUCUUCUUAACAUUGAUUUGGCAGUGUUUCUGGCGUAAUUUAUUUGUCAUGUCUCACUAGUAGUUACUGUAAUUAUACACUUCAGGAAGUGGAAUCCAUGCCAAGUAUACCUAUAGAUACUGUUUUUAAGUUUUUGUAAACUUACCACAGGGGACUUCACAAACAAAACUGCCAUAUGAUGAAAUUUGAAUGCUAGACAUGGUAUUCAGGAACCAAAGCUGCCUUAUCAGCUUUCUGUGGACUUUUAAUGACUUAAUUCUUGCAUUGUUCAUACCUUAAAACCAGAUACUGGUUAUUUGGCUUGUUUACCCAAUACUUUGUAUAUUCUAAGGCAGUUACAAAGAAGGUAGACUAAGUCUCUUUCAAGCACAGUGUUUUAAGUAGGUUCUUGCAUCUGCGCUGUCCUGGCCAGGGGCAAUCCAAGGAGCUUCUAAGUUGUUUAGGCUGUUAAAUGGGAGAGACUGAGUACUAGCAGGGUCAGUUAGAAAUACCAAAGUCUGUUACAUGAGAUGGACUUCUACAGGUUUAUCUGUUACUUUCAUCUUUUUCCAAGGAAUUACAGUCAUGGUUUCUAAAAAGAUUGUUUUGAAGGCCAAUAAUGCAUGCUUAGUUUAAAUUGUUUUCAGUAGAAAUUGAGCAUUUGUAGUAGCUUCAGAGUUCAAUCAUCAGUGAAAUCAUUAGGAUUCCUAAGCAUAUAUAUUUCAAUCUUAUAGAAAGUAAAAUAAUGAAAAGCAUCAUGUCUGAAAACAGAUUAUGCUUCAGUCAAGGUCUGGUCUUACAGAGUCAACAUUUCACCAACACAUUCCCUUUGAAAGUGUACGUUUUCAUUAGUUUCCUUUAGCAGCUGCAGUUACUUUGCAUUUUUGCUUCCUGACUUUCCAGUAAAAACUUUAAAAUGUUAGGCAGCUCUGCAAAAAGGCAGUUUUUUGUUAAAGUACAUCACCAGAAAGCUUCCAGUAAAAAGCGCUGUUUCUAAAAUAAGCCUCAUCUGUGUUUGGACAGAAAACUGUUUAAGGAAACAUUAGUUUAUUCAUACAUAAGGUGGUUUUUUCAUUCAUGUCUUUGACCCCCUUUUAUGCUUGUUUAAAUGCUACAAGCACAUCCCUAAAACUUGCUAUGAAGUUACGAUUUCAUUAACCCCUUCCCAUUAUGAAGAUAUUAAUCAAAAAAAAAAAAAACUUCCCUAGGUUAAGUAGAGCAGCAAAAGCUCAGAGGCAUUUGAAACUGUUCCCCCCACGCAAGAGAAUUUUCUCAGACAUGUUGCUGCAUAGACAGUAACAACAGUGAUUAAUUACUAAGGCUUGUUUCCAGUAUUCUUAUUGUCACAUCCUCUAAAUGGCAGUGCCACUGACCAUUUGCAACUAUGAAAUAUUUGGAGACAAGUUAGCAUCUAAAUAGUGUCAUCAAAUAUGGUAUUCAAGAGCAGCAGUUACAAAAAUAGCUGGUUGUGAUAAGUACUGAUAACUCGUUAAAAAAACGGAAUAAAAAGAAAGACUAAUUCAGAGAAUCCAAAAUGUCUGUUAUGCACUUGUAUUUGUAAUAUUUUUAUAACUAAGCAUAAUAUACUUUGCUGUUAAAAUAAGAGCUCACCAAUUAAUUAUUCUUCCUGAAGCACAAGAGGACAUGUGUUAGUGCUGGAAGCAUUCUUGCUAGGGAAGUCAAGAUAAUGUGGAGGGAAGAAUACCUCUACCACCAACCAGGGUACUUUUUUAAAAAUCUUACUCACACAGUCCUUUACUUUCAAGAAUAUAGGACUUUAAUUAGUAAUUAGAAGGUAGAGAUGGAAGUCUACUAUUCCUUAACUUCCAAAUGACCAUCACUUUUUAAGAGUGAGCUAGUAAAUCUGGAACAUAGGCUCUAUUAAAAGUUUUUCUUCUACUUUUCUUCUGCAGAAUUGCUAUAAUAAAUAUGGGGUCCUUAACCCUCGUCAGUAAAAACUGUACAAGAAAAAUGCAUCAACGUCAUAAACCUAUCCAGUUUCUAUAGGAGUAACUCCAAUAAAAGAGUACUAUUUCUAAUUUGGAGGUCACUAUCUUGUACUAGAAUUGCCCCAGGAUAGUUUUUCUUCCUAAAAGCUAAGAAAAAGUUUUAAAAGAUAAAAAUUGCAAGUUGAAAACAUAAGAAUACUUUCUCACAUCACAUUUUUAACACUGGCAUUCAGGUAUUGCGACUGUUUCUUUUCUGAAGCUGAUAAGGUGUUUGUGCCUUCCAGCUGUACAUACUUUUCAGCAUAUUAGUGCAUUUUUAACACCCAACUUCACUUUCAGACCAAGGAAGGGAAGAGUCUUUCAACUGAAAGAUACAGCAAGUUCUGACUAAUAACUCUCACAAUCCUUUAAAAUCCCAGGUUCAGUAAGCACAUUCAUUAUGUUACUAAGCGCCAUAUAGAACAGUUAAUUAUUGUCCUUUUGAGAGCAGUACAGGUUAGUACUAAAUAUUAGCUGAUUCUCAGUCACCGCUCAUCACCAUUUCCUUCAGAAAGCAUCGCCUUCCCUGGAAAAUAAAGUAUUCCCUGUUUUUGUCAGCACUGUUAUCAAUACUCUUCUGCUUUAUUGGUUUUCAGAUCUUAUAAAUAGCCUAUCCUGUUGCUGUGUGAUUCCCUGAUCAGAUUUUAUUCCUAUUUGCUUGGUAGUUACGCAAAAGAACACAAGUCAGUCAUGGGUCGACAAACAGAGGUCUCAAUCCUCAGCUAACUGCUACUUUUCCUGUUUGCAGGGGAUAUCUGAAAUGGUUCAUAAACUUAACAGUCUGUAUUAUAAAAGGCAACACCCUCUGCUCCCCCACCCCACCCCCCAAUCCCAGCAGUAUCUAAGAGCAGGGAAAAAGUAAAUGGAUUAAGGGGCACAGAAAAUAGGUAACAGAUGUGGAGGCGGCAAAUAAAGAAAAAAAAAAAAGGAGAUUUAGUACAAAAAGACACCACAGUGCAAGCGUGGAUGUGCUCUGUGCUUCCACCCUCACUGGCACUUUACCCUCCUAAGGCUAGACUGUGCAACUUGAGAGUAAUGAGAUUUUUUUAUUUUCAUUUUCAAGAAUGAGAAGAACGUGAACUCUGUAUUUUCCCCUGCUCGUCUGUACUUCCAUUAACAUUCCACAACUUUAAUGCAUACGUCAAAGUAAGAUAAGUUUUUAAACCAACAUGCUUUUGCAGAAAAAUCAUGUACUUAUUUGCAUAAGAGAGAAUCAACAGUUCUCCAAGUUUCAUUCAUCUUUAGUCUCACAUUGAGACUGUUAAAUCUGUAAAGUCAGAGUCAUAAGGAGUUUUGCCAAGCUUCACUAAAUUCUCAAGGUGUUCCUCUGCAGAAAUAUACUGAGUAGAUGGGGAGUGGAGGGAGAAGUUAGCAUAGGAGUUAGAAGUUACGCAUUGUAGCUUCAAAUCAACAGCUAGUUCAAAAAAAAAUCCAAAACUUUGAUUCUAAAAACUAGGUUGUUUUUUGUUCUUUCUCUAUAAGCAAAGAGUGAUUUCUGUAUUUCAGCCUUACUAUUAAUCUGAUAAAAUGGGAAUGCUCAGAGAAAUAUAUUUACUGUUUUCUCUAAGAGAAUGCUGUCUGCACCAAUAUGCAAAAGUUACUCUAAUGCCCCUAUAAUGCUCUUGUACAUAAAAUUCGAACUGGAAUAUAUGUCCAAGCGUAGCAUUUUGUUGUGAAUUCUUUCAUUUUCAGGAAGUUGUGUGUUAGAACAUCAGCUAUUUUGGAGCACCAUUUUUAUAGACAUCAUUUAGGAAGGACUCGAAUUCGAAUUUUUAGAGGGUUGUUUUUGGCGGGGGGGGGAGGUGAAGGACUAAUUAGAUUGCUAGCUAGACCCAUUGUUAUUCUGGAGCUCUCACAUUAUAGCUAUUAUAGAGUAGUUCAUUUGUAGAUCUCAGAUUAUUUUUAUACAUACCCUCUCUAAAUUAGAAACCACUGGCCAUACUUGCAAAAAAAUGAGUAAAUAAAAGCUUCAAAUGCAGUUGACUGAGAUAGAGUGAAAACUUGAAAGAUCUGUGAACUAGCAACAACUUGCUUUGUGUUUAUACAUAAACAUGAACUGAAGUAUAUCUGUGUCAAUAGGGUAACUUAGGACACUUACUGGCAAAGAAGGCUUGAAAAAAGUGCUCCUAAAUUGCCACUAUUUGGAACUGUCAUUUAAUUUUAGAACUAAAAAGGUGAUAGAUUACCCCAUUCACAGAAUUUCAGCUACAUAGCUAAUACACACAGCACAUGCUUCUCCACUGAAACCCUUCAUCAAUUUAAGGCAAUUAUGCUUUUUAAAAGAAAAAUCAGAUCAAUCAGCAAUCACUUCUAGAUUACACACUGAGGCUAUCAGCAAGCAGUUUCCACCACUAAAAAGUAAGAGAUCUAUGCCAUUGUCUUUAAACAGCCAGCUCAGUCAUUUUAGUCUUUGUCAACAUGCAAGAAAACCCACAAAUACUAAAUGCAGUAGCAACACAAAAUCCUUGGAUUACUGCUACGUAAACUAGUUCUCUAUGAUCUUGUGCUUCAGUUAGAAAAGAAUCUUUGUGCCCUUUGAAGAGGGCUGCAGUAGACUAACAACAACUCUAGCUGAGCUGUACUGCUAAACCAGAAGACUCUGGCCCUUCACAUCUCCCAGGCAUUACUGUACUCCGAUGGUUCCUCGUACUACAUAUGCUCCCCUUUCACUUACUUCUAGAAAGUUACUCUCGUAAGACAAAAGUUCUGAUCCAUCCCUGGUCUCCUCUGACUCAAAAAUACCAUACCGAUGUUUACCUUUAUACAGGCAGCAAUGUAUCAGAACUGAAGUAAUUGCAAAGCCAAAGUGAGGCAAAACAAACAUACAAACCUGAAAUACAUCAUGACUUGACCACAAUGUAAAAGACAAAGAACACCACCAUUCCCCAAUGCCUCGUUUUAACCCUAUGCACGCACACACCCCCCCAUGCACUCCCAUUCUAAGACUUGCAAAUUCAAACGAUGCAUUGCUAAGUCAGUAAAGUCUACAAGGCACCUAAUCUUUCAGUAGGCAACUAAGUUGAUAUGGCUUAAUAAAUUUUAAAAUACCAGUGUUUCAAUUAAAACCUUUUAUAUAUAUUGAACAGCAGUAUUCCUUGCACAAAUGCUCUCUGCAAUAGAAAUGUUUAUAUUUGACUUGAAUUCUGCGGAAAAGUAGAACUGUACCUUCAUUCCACUCCAGUUUAUCAGUGAAACUACUCAGUUAAAGUAGCCAAUUCAGGUGCUUUCAGCCACUCUGACAUGUAGCAUAGAUGCAGCAAGGAGGCCACAGAGAAUGUUUUACACUCUGUACGCCAUCUUUUUAUAACAUGCUUAUACUUGCUACAAAUCACCAGUAAAUUCACUGGAGAUUGGAAGUUUGCUGUAUCUCCAGAGUGACCAAUUCCUCACGACACCUGAAGUUGCAGUGCUUAAGGAGAGACAGUGACAACAUUUUUUUCUUUGUCACUACACAGGCAUAAAUGAAAGGAGAUAUACAAUGGGGACUCUACAUUAUCUUCCUUCCCUCCACCUUCUGCUUGGUCAUGCCACAGAUUCAGACUCUUCAGUAGACCGACCAGCUAGAACAUAUCUGUUCCCACUGUUAAUUUUAUCAUUACCUGUAACUGACAAAUGAACUUAUUUUUCCCACUGAGCUUCCCACCCAUUUUUUACUGAAAUGCUAAAAAUAUGGAACAGGAAAAACUCAGGGUUUAGGCUCAUCACACAGGAGACAGGCAGAUUCCUACAAAGAAAGCUUGAGGACUGAAAGCCAAAACCACACACCUACCCUUCCCUCCUAUUAAAGGAUUGUGUAGUUAUAUGUAUGUUUGAAAGACAUCCAGAGAUGAAGCUUGAACUAAUAAUUGUAGGACUGCUGUUUUCCCAACUACAUAAUUUUCCUUCAUAUAAUUGUGGGCAACUGGAGAAGGAGGAGGGGUGCUGGCGAAGGAGGAAAGGUUGGUUCACUGACCCACUAGCAUACAUAGAGCUUUUGACUCAUGUAACCUUGAGUGAGGCACGGAUACAGUUUGCAAACAUGUUUAGAUUUUUUUUUCCAGUUUGUGCCAAAGUAUGCACCAGCAAGUUUAACGUCAGGUAAAGCACCUUUUAUACUCUUUGUUUUUUAAAAAUAAUAUAUUUGUGAAACAGAUCGAUAAUACAUAACACUGGAAAUGGGUGCUUCUUCCCAAAAGUACACAUGUAAAAUAAAAAAAAAAAAAACAAAACGACGUUUGUGAGUUUAUCUGGCUUUUAAGCAAGUCUGAAAUGAUAACUAUGUAAUACAGUUGUCAGUUGUCUGUCCUUUAUAAUUUUAAAUAGAUCUGCAUUUUAACUUUUAUUUAUUUGCCAAUUUUUUAUAUACUUUAAAGUUACACAUUUGAACUUAAGCUAACUUUUUAUUUUCCUAGGCUGUUACAAAACAGAAUUUCAGUAUUCUUGUAAACUGCAGACCAUUUCUGAAUAGCCCUUUGUCUUUUCCGAUGGACCAGUUACCACUAAUGAGUCUGCAGUCCCCUUUUUACUGUACUCUUCCAAUAAAUGUAAAAUAUUUGUAUCAA